GAAGAUUCAGAGACCAUGUCUACAGAACUCUUUUCAUCCUCAAAAGAAGAGGGAAGGUCUUGCUCAGGACCCAGUUUUAUGUCCAAUAAGAGGAAGAUGUUACACCUGCUCCUGGAGAGAGACUCUUCCCUUACCAUCUGUCCAGGUCUCCCAAUGGACAAACUCCUUGGCGAUUCUGCAAAUCUAAGCAUUUUGUCUGGAGGAACUCCAAAACGUUGCCUUGAUCUUACGAAUUUCAGCAGUGGGGAGAUGUCUGCCACUUACCUUACCACUUCUGCAGACCUUGAUGAAACUGGUCACUUGGAUUCUUCAGGGCCUCAGGAAGUACAGUUAGCUAGGAUGAAUCACCACCAGUAUGCUAUGAAAGGCAGCCCAGCACAGCUGCUUUGUAGCACUCCCAAUGCUUUGGACCAUGGCCAUAAAAAGAAAGAUGCAAUGUAUAGUUUAACUGCAAAUAAAGAAAAUGACAAUGGAAAGUUUGCAGAAAGUGAAAUGAAAUAUCUGGGCAGUCCCAUUACUACAGUUCCAACAUUAGAUAAAAUUCCAAAACUUGAAGACCAGGUAGCAGAGAUUUCAAAUGUGUUGAUGGAAUUUUCCCUAGAAGAUCAAGAAGGCACUGAGGCAUCACUGAACAGAAGUUGCCAGGAUCACUCACCCUCAAUGCCAGAGAAUUUGAACAGGGCAAGAAUAAGGAAGGUAGUAAAAGUUAAAGACAACUAAAUACCAGAUAAGUGAAAAAAAAAAUAUUGUUCUGACCAGCAAGAGUUCAGGAAGGGUUUAUGUUUAAAGAAGGAGGUCUCUUUCUGUGACACUAAUAUCACUCAGGUCCUGGAAGAAGAUUAUAACCAGAGGCCUCUGAUCGGUGAUUUUUCCAAGGUAUGUGUGCUGCCAGUCGUGUCAGGGAGACACCAGGAUCUGAAGUACAUCAACCCAGAAACAGUGGCUGCCUUACUGUCUGGAAAAUUCCAAGAUCUGAUUGAGAAGUUUUAUAUCAUUGAUUGCCGCUAUCCAUAUGAGUACCUGGGAGGACACAUCCAGGGAGCCUUAAACUUAUAUAGUCAGAAAGAACUAUAUAACUUCUUCCUGAAGAAACCCAUUGUCCCCUUGGACAUCCAGAAAAGAAUAAUCAUCGUGUUUCACUGUGAAUUCUCCUCAGAGAGGGGCCCCAGAAUGUGCCGCUCUCUGAGAGAAGAAGACAGAGCUCUGAACCAGUAUCCUACCUUGUACUACCCAGAGCUAUAUAUUCUCAAAGGCGGCUACAGAGACUUCUUUCCAGAAUAUGUGGAGCUGUGUGAACCCCAGAGCUACUGCCCUAUGCAUCACCAGGACCACCAGGCUGAGCUGCUGAGGUGUCAAAGCCAGAGCAAAGCUCAGGAAGGAAAGCGGCAACUGAAGGAACAGAUUGCUCUCCUAUUGAAGGACAUGGACCUGUGAUAGUGGAUGAAGAAGUGGCAGCAAGCCGGG